GAAACCACCACCAUGACUACCAACACAGCCACCUGGAUCUGACGGCACUCACACCGAAACUGGCCCACAGACACAUGGGAUACGAUAGGCCCCAGAGGAUGAACAACAUCCUGACGUCAGCAACCGAACCCUAUGACCUGUCCCUCUCCAGAUCCUUCCAGAAUCUGAGCCACCACCAGCCGUCGUAUGAGAUGCCCCACAAGCCUGACUUAAGUAAAUACUCUCCUCCCAGACUAAGCGAUAAAGACAUGGAUGAUUACUACCCAAGGAAACAUCUUCAUCCUGACUUUGGUGGCCGGGGACCAACCCACAUGGUGAAGUUGAAUGCUGAACCUCACCAGCAUCAGCAACACCAGCAGCGCCAACGACCUCGACGGGUCCAGCGGGCCAUGUCACAGGACCACGUCCUGUCUCCUCCCCGAACGCCACGGCGGGGAGAUUAUGGUUUAUCAUCAUACAGCGCCAUGGCAGCUACGGCAUAUGGAAGCAGCCGUAAUCUCUCAAACGAACAACUGCUUUCUGCAGACCGCCUACACUCCCAGGAUCCAUUGCUGUCCCCGGCGAUGAGGCGUGACAAGUUCCGGGAGAAGGCCAUGGCACGGGCAAUGUCUCACGCUGACAUGUUAAUGCCUACCACACCGGUCAUGGACCGCCACAAGAUGACCAAGAUGCACUCUCAACCCAGUGCCUCCACUGACUCGUAUAACACGCUGAUGGUCAAUCAUCACUCUGGCACGUCCACAUCAAAGAGGCAGGCGUUUGCGUCCCGACGAACACACACGGUGGACCACCUACAGUACAUUCCCGGGCACCACCACACAUAUCGCACUGCCAGUAAGAAUGAGGUAACUGUUUAACGACAGCGUCGGGCAAUUCUUGAAAUGCAUCAUAAAUAUAAAUGGACAAAAUCGGCAUCCAUUUCAUGAAAACUCUUCCUAUUGCUUUUUAGCACGAGCUUUGUGUGUGACCCAGAGUUUGGAUGACUUGGAAAUACCCUGGCAAGACAGUGUUUCUCUGACAGCAUCAUAAGGGCUUUGCGCAUUGACACAAAGAUCCUUCUUGUCGGCCGCAUGACAGAGUGAAGAAAUAUUUUUUAAACUGAAUAAAGGACUUGAAGGGAAUUGUAUCACCUUUCUAAACAUAUAAAUAAACUAUAUUUACUAUUUGUAUUUUCAGUCUUUGUUAUAGCUUUAGAGAUUCUCAUUAACUGAUAUUAGCACUUCAGUUGGUGCCUCUUAAAAUUGUCCCAUUUCAACAAUGAAGGGGAUUUGUGGGUUAAAAAGCACAAUGAUGAAUUCCCAUUUUUUUGGAUUAAGUUUUUCUCUCCUUCUUUGAUAAACGUCUGGAACAUAUCAGCUUAGACUAUAAGUAAAGACAGGCUAUUUUCUGUUGCAUACUAUAGGUGGUUGUAUAUAGGCUGUUCAGCUUCAUAAUACAAUAAAAGUUGGCCCUCUGGACUUUUUUCCCAAGUGGAAUGGAUUGGGCGUUUCCAUUUAUUAAUUUUGAUUUUAGAUAAGGAAAAUUUCCCAGAUUAGUAUUAUUUCCACCGAUGUCUGAUAAUUAUGUGGAUCUAAUAUGGGAGUAUGUUUUUGUUUCUCUUCAAACCGUGCUUGUGGCAUAGAAUGAGUCUGUAUGAAAUUACUGUUUGAUUUUUGCUGGAUUUUAAUUAUUUGCUCUGUUAUCAAUUGGCCAGUUGCUUUCAUCUCUACGAAUCGAGCCCUCAGUGUUGUGGAUUAUGAAGGCAACAUAUUUGUCUAGUGUUAAGUUUGACAGAAACAAUCAGUAUAAAAACGUCAUGCUUGAUUGACGAGAUGUCACUUGUCAAUCAAAAAAUUAUUAAACUGUGAAAUGUUUUUCCAGUGUUUUUCAUUAAAGCAAUGCCUUAUUGUAUAGAAUACCAUAAGCUCUUAAAUUAA